AUGAACACCCAGUGUAGACAGGUAUUCGCCAUUGUGGUUUUUGGAACCAUCUCAGACCAAGGCUACUAUAGCCCCACGAGUAAAGUAAAUGGCACCUGCAUGUUUAACAACAAUGAAUGCGCAUGCAGCUAUGCGGUGGGAGUUGGAGUCCUGGCCUUUGUGGCUUGUGUUGUGUUCCCCAUCCUGGACGUCAUCAUUUCAAAGAUCUCUAGUGCCACAGCAAAAAAUCGCAUUGUCAAAGGAGAUCUGGCCUUCUCCACGGCUAUGACCUUCCUGUGGUUCAUCUGCUUCUGUGUCUUGCUCAACCAGUGGACCAGAACUAACUCCGAAUAUGUCAUGGCCGAUGCUGCCCGAGCUGCCAUUGCUUUCUCCUUCUUCUCAAUCAUCACCUGGGCUGUUUUGGCGUACGUUGCAUAUGGAAGGUAUAAUGUAAACCUGAACACCUCAUAG